AUGCUGUCGUCACACAAAUCUUUGGUUGUCAUUCUCCGAGCCCGCCGGUGUGAGUGUCUAGCAUCGGAUGAUUUCGCGAGGGCGGUGCCAAGUCGGAGGAAAUCGUGUCGUGGACUAACCGGCUCCUGAGAAAACCGAAGAGGAUCUCACCGGUAGUUGCAUCUUCUUCAUCAGCGCCGUUGCUUUUCACACCGACAAGCCCCUGGUUUAGCUAGCUCAUUUGCUAACCAACGUUAGCCGUUUAUACCAACCAGCUCAUAAAACAACUGUUGGCUAUUUUUUAUUUUUUUAUAUGUCCCGAAUUCCAGAAAUAUCUGUUAAUAAUUCGAAACGGAAAAUAAACCACAUUAUGGAGACUGAGAUACACGUGCCUGUUGGGUCGCCGGUAAUUCGAAAAUUCCCGAUUUUCGUGGAGGAAAAUAAUGUAACGGAUGGAGCAAUGAAGCUGAUAAAGCAGCUUCGGCCAGCGUGGGACAUGAACCAUGUCAAGACCAAGCUCUUCACUGAUGGGACCACUAAUAAGCUGGUUGGUUGUUAUGUGGAGGCGAGUCCAGAAGACGUGGUUCUGGUACGUGUGUAUGGGAACAAGACGGAGCUGAUCGUCGACCGAGAUAACGAGCUCAAGAGCUUCCAGGUGCUGCAUGCUAACGGCUGCGCGCCGCGGCUCUACUGCACCUUCCAGAAUGGCCUUUGCUACGAGUUCAUGCAGGGGGACGCCCUCGGAACACAGGACGUCAGGGAUCCUACCAUACUCAGACUGAUAUCCAGGGAGAUGGCUCGUAUCCAUGCGAUCCACGCACACAACGGCUGCAUCCCCAAACCCAAUCUGUGGAUCAAGAUGAGGAAAUAUUUCUCUCUGGUCGCUACUGAGUUCACUGACCAAGCCUCCAACACCAGGAUCCAGCAGGAGGUGCCCAGCCAGGUGGUGUUGGAGCAGGAGAUGGUGUGGAUGAAGGAGCACUUGUCAAAGCUGGGCUCUCCUGUGGUGCUCUGUCACAAUGACCUGCUCUGCAAGAACAUCAUUCACAACAGCAAAGAGGGCCAUGUCCGGUUCAUAGACUAUGAAUACUCUAGUUACAACUAUCAGGCCUUUGACAUCGGGAACCACUUCAACGAGUUUGCAGGUAUGAGCGAGCUGGACUAUGGGCUGUAUCCUAGCCGUGAGAUGCAGCUGGAGUGGCUGCGUGUGUAUCUGCACGCGUACAAGGCGUCCACUAAGAAAGGAGAGGAGGUCAGCGACAGAGAGCUCGAGACUCUCUACGUACAGGUCAACAAGUUUGCCCUGGCGUCACACUUCUUUUGGGGCUUCUGGGCACUCAUCCAGGCCAAGUACUCUUCCAUAAAUUUUGACUUCCUGGGCUAUGCUGUGCUGCGUUUCAACCAAUACUUCAAGACCAAGCCUGCAGCGAUGGCCCUACAGAUCCCAGAAUGAGAGGAAUACAAGAGAAGAGAGGUACCCCAUCACCGGCACUGGCCAGGGGAGCAGACCCACUUUGAGCAGGAGAGGACUGGGCUGGGGAUGGGGGACAAGGGUUGGGGUUAAUGUUUAGGGCUGAGUAUGUGGUUAAGGCAGCGGUGUCAAACUCAUUCCAUUGAGAGCCUAGUGUAUGCUGGUUUUGGUUUUUCCUUUCAAUAAAGCCCUAGACAACCAGGUGUGGGAAGUUCUUUGCUAAUUAGUGACCUUUAUUCAUCAAUCAAGUUCAACGGAAACCUAGAGACACUUGGCCCUCCGUGGAAUGACUUUGACACUUGUAGGUUAUAACAUUAAAGGGACAGAGUGUGCAUGGACCCCAACAUAAAAUACUAUUUUAUUCCUAUUCAACUCAGUCCACCAGUCUCACCACUCAAGAUUUCCCAAUCUGCCACGGUUGGUGUGUUUUCAUUUUUUAUAUUUGAUUUAUUCUGUGAAGAAUUGAUUGACCCAGUGAGAUUCAUUCCCCAGACAGACAGGUAGCUGGAACACUCGUUUUUGGUGCCGACAUGGAGGACAGUGUGCAGACAGUUAUGUAUAUGUGGUUUCUGGGUUUGCGCUUUGGCUGUCGCUGCUCAAAGGGUGUGCUGUGGGACAGAGGAGGCAGUCAUCGUCAACCCCCUAGCCCUCAGCUUUGGCACUGAUCUAAGAGGAUUUCUUUUGCGAUUUGGUAAUGGAGCCACCUUGAAAUUGGUGUUUAUGGUAUACAUCAAACUUUACAAAAGCGAGACAAAAAAUAACUAGAAAAAAGGUCCCGCAAACUGAGUGAACACUAACGUUAAGUCCAUUCUCUCAGAUCUACACAAAGUGCCUAGGGGCUAGGGGUUGAUUUAGUACUGGCAAGUAGUUGCUUUGCAGUAAAGGGACUGUAAAUGUGAUGGGAAGAGAGGGGCUAGCCAGGACAGUGAUAUGGUAGUUUAAAAUGUCUGACGACAGAGCAUCUUCAGUUGCAGGGAGCAGCUUUGCGUCACUGAUGCUAAACUUUAAACCAGGGCUCCGUUCUCCCUCUUAGCCUCUUUUCCACCACUUUAGCUUUUAUGGUUAUGGUGACUCGCUCUGUUGAACUUUCCACUCCUCACAGACCAUUCGGAAAAUCCCAACCUCAAUCACCCCUGUCACACCCCUUCCCCCCUCUUUACCCCUCUUCCUCCCCUUUCUCUCUCCUCCUUCUGCCCUAUAUCGCUUCCUCCUCUCCCCUCUCUCUUGAUUGGCUGGGAAGGGACUUUUGCCUGAUGUGCACAUACUUACUAUAACAUCCCAACCUCUCCCCACCCCCUAUCAAGUUACAACUUCCCUAAAAAGGAGCCAAAACCUUAUAUAAUGAGGUUACUUAAACCUCAUUAAUGAAACUAUGUGUUAGGUCAGAGCAACUGAAGGCUUCAAAGGGUCUGGGACCACUAAUCCUGGGCUGAUGUUUUUGUUCUGAAGCUUGUCUAUGAGGAUGUGAGUGAGGUGACCAAGGACAAGACAGCAGGAAGUCCACACUAAGCCAGCAGUCACUUCUCUAGCUGGCAUCACAGCACACAGGUCUUUGGAGGGUCGCUGGACCAAAUAACUCCAACACCCUUCCUUACCCCAGGCAGCAAGCCCCUCCAGACCAGUUCUGACCUCUCCAUCCAGGCAUUCAGCCCUAGUUCAGUUUUCUCUAUCUGAAUUUUUUUGCAAUUCAGUGCUUUUAAGUGUCACCUUAGGUUGGCUCUUUCCUCUCCAACAAGCACUCUAAGAUCAGAGGGUCAACAUAAAAAAUGGAGGCUAGAGAGGAGAGCCAUGUUAAAGUAUGGAGAUACGCAUAACUGCCAAAAUAAUGGAAACGCUUGCGUAAAUGCAGCAUAUAUUGAAAGCAUGUGCUUCCACACAGGUGUGGCUCCUGAGUUAAUUAAGGAAUUAACAUUCCAUUAUGCUUAGGUUAAUGCAUAAAAAUGGUGGGUAAAAUGGUCAUUAUUCUGACUACAUGGCUAUGCCCCCAUAGGAUGACAAUUCCCCCAUCCACAGAUCACAAGUGGUCACUGAAUGGUUUGAUGAGCAUGAAAACAAUGUAAACCAUAUGCCAUGGCCGUCUGUCACCAUAUCUAAACCCAAUUGAACACUUAUGGGAGAUUCUGGAACGGCGCCAUCAACAAAACACCAACUUAUGGCAUUUCAAGAGUUCCAGACACUUGUAGAAUCUAUGCUAAGGUGCAUUGAAGCUGUUCUGGCUUGUGGUGGCCCAACGCCCUAUUAAGACACUUUAUGUUGGUGUUUCCUUUAUUUUGGCAGUUACCUGUAUAUUGUCCAGCCUGCCCUGUGAUUCUUCCAAAUCACCACUAGGGGGAGAAAGGGAGUGCUGACCCCUGCAUUGCCCUCCCCUGGUUGUCUCCUGUUACUGACGGGGUUAAUAAUUCACCAGUCUGACAGGGGGGACAUCAAUCAUUCAGCAGACUGUGGCUUACCAGCCUGAGCAGGCCAGGCCCAUAACUCUGGCCUGGAGUCAAGAAGUCUCUCUCACCUGUCAGUAACUAACAUGAGUUAAUCAUUUAUUAUUAUUUAAAAAAAAUUCAACACAAUGUUGAAGAGAAGGACUCCCUGCAGUUCCUGCCUGGUUGUUAUGAGGAGUCACUAGCCUCGUGUGCCAGGCCUCUUUGUUCCCCUAGUAAACGCCAAAAUAUGUUGUCUUGCAACGUGGUGAGCCUGAGUCCCUGAGCAGCCUCUUGGCUCUGGGCUGGGACCGACUCAGAAGAGCUCGCCUUUUUGUCCCUUGUCACCAGCCGUACAGGCUGGGAGGGUAGAUGGAGUAAAGCCAUUGUCACCAACUCUGGUCCUAUACGGCAACACUACAGAUACUAACACACAUGGUUCCACUAAUCAUCGGUGUGUUAAUGCUGUGCUGGAACAAAAGCCUGCAACUCUCCAGGACCAGGGUUUUUGACCACUGGAGUAGUGCUAAGCAGAGCAUCCACAACAUAUAGAAAUGCAACAAAUGGAAUGGAAAUGACUCGUACAUAUGAUGUAGGAUUGGGUCCAUUUCCAUACGAUACAUUUCUAUCUGCAACAUUCCAAACCUUUUACCCCUCUGAGUCAGCGUUGCAGGGUUUUUAUGAGUGAGUGGAGUUGGUUGUGAGAAGAACCUUUUAUUGUAGUGUUUCCUAAAUGGAUGGUCCAGGCCAAUCCCUCUUGUAUCAAGGUUGUAAGACCAUUAUGGACAGAGACAUUACUUUGACAGGCUUUAGGUGAGUCACAACUCCCCAUCUGCUCUACGUGAUAUUUGCCAGUAGACCUUGGGUUGAACCGAGAGUUGACUAGUGCUGAUUGAAGAGCGUAAUGAAUUCUUGUUUAUCAUAAAUGUAUAUAUGUGAAUGUGUUUCCUUUGAAUGGACCGUAACAUUUCAAUUGAAACUAAAACUGUAUUCUCCUGUUAGGGUGCAUCUCUGUGUUGCUUUCAUCCUGUGUUUGGUGAUUUUUAAGGAGAGAUGAGUAGGAGAAGCCACUUUUAGAUUGAGACUGACCAUAAGAGUAUGAUAAGGUGGUUGAUGUUCUAUGCACCAAAGCACUCCCUGGGGUCUGUGUGCUUCCUAUUCAGAAGUCACUGAUGGCCAAACAAGUUAACUGAUCAAGAACAUCAGUUUUUUUUUUGUUAAAGGGUAAAUAUUGCAACAGGUAUGAAUAAAUUGGGAUUAAUGGUUAAAAUCACAUUUGUGAUUAGAAAGCGACAUAACUUACUUCUAUCCUUAAUAACAUGGCCUGAUAGUGGUGUUAUAAAUGAGUCUGCUUUCUGAACGCUCAAUCAACCAAAAAUGAUCCUGGGUUUCAUGGAAAUGCACCCACUUAUUGAUGUGAUGGGUAUAAUACAGAAGGUUAAGGCUGCUUUUCUAUUCUCAAACUUUCCCCACAUUCUGCCUAUGCCUGUGUUACCUCCCCAAGGCAGAUUUUAAAGCUUUAGAUAAGUGUAAAUGGUGUGUACCAUUUUUUGAUAGUAAGAUGGUGGAAACACCCUCCAGCCUGACACUUAUCCAACCCUCUCAGAUCUUUGAGGGCACAUGGACGGGAGCGAGUUGAAGAAUCGGACCCUACUGUAGAAGUAGCUAUAUAGCAGUACCAUACACUACAUCAUAUGCCUUCACUGGAAGAGCAUUGAAAGAGGUUUGAUUUCCAUUAGUUUUAUUGAGGGUGUCCAAGAAGACGUUGCAUUCAGUCAUUCAUUAAAGUUAGUUAAGGUUCGGAACUGAGGUGUGUACUAAUGUGGUACCUGAUUUUAUUAUUCUUGUUAUUCCAGCAUAGGAUAUGUGCUGGCUAUGGAAGGCUUAUAUCCUGAUGGUGUUUUUAGACUAGAAAUGUUUAAAGGAGGUAUUUAUUGGGUGAACCGGUCAUUGGCUUUCUUUCAUUUAAAAAAAAUAUAUACAGUACAUACCAAAAUGGUUAGCGUCAAGGCUUGCAGUUCAUUUGAAAUUAACUUGUGUGUGAAUGUACUAAACUGGCUUAACUUGAAAACCCACUGUACAGAACUUGAUUUUACUUUCUAACUGUUCAUUAGAAUCUGUAAAAGAGGGCCCAACAUUAAGAUGUAUGUGAUGUUUGUGCUGGCGUGUGUAGGGAGUCAGCCACUCCUGAAGAGGACGCUGUAGCAUUAAAGGCCAGCGGAGAGGAGACAGGUUGUAAAUACUGUGAAAAUCUGACUACAGUGAUCCUCCAAACUUCUGGGAGAGUCAUUUAAGUAAAGUAAAUAUUUCCAUUAAAAAAAACUUGUAUGGA